GCAGGCUCAUGAGCUUCUGGUGAUGGUGACAGAGUGCCCACAGCAAGAGUGGAUACCCAAAGGAUAUAACCCAUCGCUGAAGAAUACACCAGAGAAAGAGGAGGGAGCCGAUAAAAACAAUUAAGGGAUGACAUAGCCAAAGACAUGAGGAUCCUACAGCUGCAGGAAUGUGUGGAAAUCCUGAUCUUUAACCAGCGUACCUAAGACAAGGGACCAAGCCCGACCAAACCAAAGUACUUCACACCAAAGCAAUCAAGACCAAACCGGGCCAAACUGAACCAAAGCUCCAGGAAGCCUGCGUCCAUCAGCUACUGAAUAUUCUAUAUUGUCAAGAUGAAGCUGGAAAGCCCACUAGGAGACAUGAGCGGGUGGAGGGAGGUGGACUUUGUCCUCAACUGCACCUACAUUGUGCCAGACCAGGUGUCGGACCCCAGUUUCAGCCUGCCCAAAGCCAUGACGUCCAUCCCACGCAACCUCACCUUUGAAUACAGCACAGACAACGAGGUGAUGGGCGUCUUCAGCAAAGAGUACAUUCCUCAGGGGACUCGGUUCGGCCCUCUGCAAGGGGUCAUCUACACCAAAGACAACGUUCCCAAACAGGCCAACAGGAAAUACUUUUGGCGGAUUUACAGCAAUGAGCAGCUCCAAAACUUUAUUGACGGCUAUGACGUCCACAGGAGCAACUGGAUGCGUUACGUCAACCCGGCCCGGUCUCUGGCCGAACAGAACCUGGUGGCGUGCCAGAACGGCCGGGACAUCUACUUCUACACCAUUGGACCGGUGGAGCCCAAUCAGGAGCUGCUGGUCUGGUACAGCCAGGAGUUUGCCCAAAGGCUCUGCGGCCAGCAAGCCGACAUGAAACCGAAAUACACAAACUCUGAUGAAGACCGAGAGCCGGAGUGUCCCAAACAGCACCUACCUCAGACGACAUGGAGUACAGACAGAACAAAGGAGGAGGUGAAGGAAGAGAGGGAUGAGGAUGGAGAGGAGAAUAUCGACGUGGAGAUGUUGGAGAGAGACACACCGCCUGACACGCCUGACACGCCUGACAACCACAUCAUGGAUUUCAGCAAAAAGGUCGAGACGGAGGCGAGCGCCGGGGACACAGAGGACCGGGGCAUAAUUCCAUCCCCUGAGCCCCAACACGGAGAGAGAGGCCCGGCCUUAAAUCACCGGUACUCACCGGAUCCUCAGCCCGCAGUCCCGCCCCAGCAGCGAAAUCUCCCUCUCCACCUCCACGGCCUCUACAGGGAAGGUGUCUCAUCCUACCCGAUUUACCCCCAAUCCAGACCCAUCCACCCCAAUUACCAGCUGCUUCCUCCCUACGGCGCGCACUAUCCUCGCCUCCUCCUCCCCUCGUACUCCCCUCCCUUUCCUGGAAUGCUGCCCUCAAGAGGAUACCUCCGAUACAACAGCUACCUGGGCGCCGACGGCCCUCAGUACCCACCCAUGGGCCAAGCUAAUUUACUGCCGGUGUCCCUCCCCUACCCUCCCCCGCCUUCACAGGGGGGCCUGAAAGAACUCAAAGCAAACGUGUCGCCGCCGCGAGGCGCGCCAGCCACGCCAGAGCUCUCCCCUCUCCCCAAACCCGACGGUCAGCAUCAUCCCACCGAGCAGUCCCCCUCUGGGUUUGAGGAAGCCAUGAAUCUAAGCCUGGAUACGAUCAAAAGCAAAGCGGCGACACGCAACGGCCCCGGCCACAAAUCGCUGCCCUACCCACUGCAGAAGCAGAAUGGAAAGAUCAAGUACGAAUGUAACAUCUGCUCAAAGACUUUCGGACAGCUGUCGAACCUCAAGGUCCAUCUCCGAGUGCACAGUGGCGAGAGACCGUUCCAGUGUAACCUGUGUAAAAAGAGCUUCACGCAGCUGGCGCACCUCCAGAAACACCACCUUGUCCACACGGGGGAGAAACCACAUGAAUGUCAGGUGUGUCACAAACGCUUCAGCAGCACCAGCAACUUGAAAACACACCUCCGCCUCCACUCUGGGGAGAAACCCUACCAGUGUAAGCUGUGCAACACCAAGUUCACCCAGUACAUCCACCUCAAACUGCACCGCCGCCUCCACAGCAGCCGCGAUCGUCCCUACCGCUGCCAGCUCUGCGCCCAGGCCUUCUUCCACCGCUUUUCCCUCCGCAUCCACCAGUGCAGCUGCUGCCUGGCUAACUCCAACAUGCCCGUCGACGUACACACGAAGCAGAUGGUGGAGCGAUUCGAUGCCAGCCAAGAGGCCGACAUGCUCACAGAGGCGGCGUCGGCAAUGCAGGUGGAGGAGGCGGUGGAGCGCUGGUUGGAUCGCACCUUGGAGGGGGAGGGAAAGGAGGACCAGAAGGAGGCGACCCUACUGCUGAAAGCCCUGGCGGCGGCGAUUAAUUCACCAGCAACGCCCGUGGCCCAAUCAGCGACACCCGCGUCACAUCACAGCCCUCCACUGGCCUGUCAGGAGAGGGCCAGCGUUGUUCACCUCCACCACCGGCCAACAGUGAAGACAGAAGGACAGUGAGAAGGAGUCGAGAGGGGACGGUAUAGAAAAAGGACAUACAGCAUACCAGAAACCAAGAAAACCGAUGUUUCACCAAAUAAAACUCCCCGAAUAGUCCAUGAUGGGCAUUACGGGUAAACUUUGAUAAUCAAACAAGCGCAGCACCAAAACAAGAGCAUUCCAAAGACUGGGCGAGGGUAUUCAGUUAUUGUACUUCCUCCCAAAACUCAGUUUAAAGGGAGGAGGAUGUCGUUAAGCUGUGAAAUAUUGAAGACUCUUUUCACUCAGGUAGAGAAUUGUUUGCUUUUUUGUGCUUUAACUUAUUACUUUUCUCGAAAUUUGAGUUGUCUUUAUUUAUUUAGUUUAUGAUAGUUUAUUUUUUGACUGUUAGUGUUUUUUCUGUGUUGAUUUGAUCUCUUAGGAAAACCACAAAUGGACUCAGGAACAAUGGUAGCACAACCCUGCGGAAGAGUCUUCCCUUGAUAAAUUGUGCAGUGUUCGGCUUCGGCUUUGUGUGACGGCGUGUUUGAGCUUCUGGGUGCAUGAGUGCAGCGAGUGGACGUUUAUAAGAACGACAGCGCACAGUGAAGUGGCACAAACCACAUUUCUUGUCUUUAACUAUUUGCGACUAUUUUGUUUAUUUAUGAUAUUAAAAAAGGGAAAAAAUCGGGUCUGUUAAAAUUGUGUGUUAAUAAGCAAUUGCCAAAACUACAAUCAAAGAACAUGAAUGUGUUUGUCUUUUGGCCAUUUAUUCAACUGAUUACAUUAAAUGUGAAGAAAGCGGUUAAGAAGAAAAAGCAUUACCCCUUUUUUCUUAAUUCCCCAGCAACUUCUCGCAGUUAAUUUCAUUAUCAAAGACACAACGUACUGAACCAAACCAAAUAUCACCAAAAGAAACCAAACUACAUAUUCAAUGUGAUUGCAGUAUGUUCAUUAAGAAUGUACACUGUCUUUCUUAUUGCAGCACGCUAUGCUCCUACUGACUGGCUGCGUUGCUUUUCACUGGAUUCAAAUAUUUCAAACAAUUCCUACGCACAACACUUUAGUGGGAAAGUUUUGGACGACAAAGACAAGCAACACAGGUGUGCUUCUGUUUAGGCAGGUACUGUUCUUGGAAAUUGUACUACUGAGUCAGUGAUCUACUUCUUUCAUGAUUUGAGUAGCGUUUUUUUACUUGGUAAAAUAUGUUUGUCUAUGUAGUUUAUUUUUGCAAACAAGUGAUGAGAUGUUGAGAAUUUAUAUGUGAGAGACUAUUUUUACUUUUAUAUUUACAUGAUGUAGCAUAUUAAAGAUAUUGUUUCUAUA